AUGGACUCGCAAGACGACAGCCAAGAGUCGCAGGACAGCGUCAUGACCAUCACGCAGGAGAAGCGACACGAGAUACUGUACUUUGCGUACGGGAGCAACCUGUCGACCACGCAGAUGCGGCAGCGGUGUCCGUUCUCGACGCCCGUGGGGUUGGGCUUCCUCGAGGGAUGGCGGUGGAUCAUCAACGAGAGGGGGUACGCCAACGUCGUGCCCAUGACGCCCUCGCCCGGCGGCAGCGGCGGCGAGGGAAGCAGCAGCAGCAGCAGCAACAAAAAGGCGGGCGUGUACGGGUUGCUGUACCUGCUCCCGCCGCAGGACGAGGCGCGGCUGGACGGGUACGAGGGGGUGCCGUGGGCGUACGAGCGGAUGCACUGCGAUUACCUGCGGUGGGCGACGCCGCCGCCGCCAGAGGGAACCGACGAUGGCGAGGGCAGCGGACGAGGAGGAGCGGCGGCGGCGGCGGCGGACGAGCCGGUGCGGGCGCUCGUCUACGUGGACAGGCAGAGGGUGACGGAGGGGACGCCGCGGGAGGAGUACGUCGGGCGGAUGGAGGAGGGGAUCCGCGACGCGGUGUGGAAUUGGGGCCUGGACGAGGCGUACGCGGACAGAGUGAUGAGGAGGUUCUGGAGGAAGAAGAACCAGCGGGGGGAGCGCAUCUGA